UUUUGCACAUUGGCCUCAUCACUCCCGCUGCCACUGAACCCAAAAAUCAGAUCAAAAUUUAAUUCUUUUGCCCAUUUAAUAUUCAACGGACAGUAGAAAAAGUUGCAGAAGGAAUUGAGCCAGUGAGCAUUCCAUUGGAUCUCCAUUUGUUGGUGGACAAACUUUUGUUUUAAAUCCCCCAAGUGGGGUUUCUUUCUUUAUUCUCGACUUCCCCUUUACCCCUUCUCUUUAAUCCCUUUGCUUGUCUUCAACGUUGCGUUGGGUUGCCCAACAACACCCAUCCAUUCCAAUUCAGUUCGGGAAAUUUCUUCUGUAGUUUGAGUAAAAUCCCACAAGGGGGAUUUGUUUUGGGUUCGAUUUUAGCGACUGAAGUUGGGGGAUUCUUACAGUCUACAGAUGCUCUGCAAAUGGGGAAAGGCGAAGAGCAAAAUCUGCCGAUUCAGCGGCGUCGUGAGGUGGCUGACAGUGGCGAUUCUUCUGGGUUUCUUUGUGGCCAAUGCUCGAUUGCUCUUCGUAGAGUUCGUGAGGAGUUGAAUUUCAAGUGUGUGUUCGUUUUGAUUCUUGGGUUCUUGGUGUUCGUCCCUGGGUUCUUUUGGCUUCUUCCUCUUCGUGAAAGAAAUUCAGGGUUUGAGGCCAAAGACGACAUUAAACUCAGUGCUACAGUUCAGGUCUAUUUUGUUCUUGAAAAGCCUGUGAAGGAGCUUCUCCCUCACAUCAAGAGAUUAGAGUUUGAUAUCAAUGGUGAAUUAGACAUUUCUAAUGUGAAGGUUUCUGUUCUAUCCAUGCACGAUGUAGGUGAGUCGAACAGGACAUACGUGGUUUUUGGUAUUCUUUCUGAAUACAUAACUGCUCCAAUAAAUCCAGUGUCCUUAAGUCUUGUGAGGUCGACUUUAUAUGACCUUUUCCUUCGCGAAUCCAACCUUACUUUGACGACACCGAUCUUUGGACAGCCAUCUACUUUUGAAAUUCUGAAGUUUCCUGGGGGGAUCUCUAUAAUCCCGUUCCAACAUGCUUCGAUUUGGCAGUUUCCCCAGAUCGUAUUUAACUUCACUCUUAGUAACUCCAUUUCUGAAGUACUUGACAAUUUCGCCAAGUUCAGGAGCGAGCUGACGUUUGGAUUGCGUCUCAGGCCUUACGAGAAUGUGUAUUUCCAAAUAACAAACAAGAUUGGCUCGACGAUGCAACCACCCAUAAUUGUUCAGGCUUCAAUUUCAUCAGAGUUGGGGCGCUUAACAUCGCAGAGAUUACAGCAGUUGGCUGCAAUCAUCAAUGCCUCUCCCGAAAGAAAUCUCGGCCUUGAUUACUCUGUUUUCGGAGAAGUUAAGAGUGUGAGUUUGUCUUCUUAUCUGAAGGGAACCUCUAACUCAAUUCCGCCUAGUCUUUCUCCAGCUCCUGCCCCAGCACCGGGCGAUCAUGCAGAACCAUCAAGUGCCCCACGUGCUUCAAGAUCAUCGUCUCACAGCCGAGUGCAACCACCUGCAAAUCGUUCCCCACCUGCAACUUGCAGAGCCUUGUCUCCAGCCCCUUCUGUGGUUCCUGCACAUUCCCCUCAUCGACAUUCAAUGCCUCCAAGCUCCUAUCCGGAUUCUACAAGACUGAUUGUUUCUCCACCUCCUGUAGGUUUUACACCAUUGUUGCCCCCUGAUCUCUUACCUAAGCCAAAGCCUCGUUUCGGGUUCAAACCAGGGUGGAGAAAGGAAAAUCCGACUAGAGUUAAGCCUGCCCGGUCUUCUCAUCCAGAUCAUGAUUGAAAAUCUCGGUGGGUCUCGGUCACUCGUCCUCUAUCUCAACAUUUACAUCAAUCACUCACUACAUAACAUCUAUCACACAGUCGUCUGAAGAAUACAAGUAAUACAAAGACAUCGGAUUGGAUCGGAUCCGAUUCUCCUUUUAAGUUCUACAAUGAUGCCGCCUCCACAAACAAGUCUAAGAAACCGGACGUUUUAGGCCUCAAAAGAAGAAAGAAACAAGAAGAUAAAUUGAGUUCAGGCAGAAGAAGAGGAAGAAGAAGGUAUUUCCCUCCUCUGCCUCAUAAACUCUACAUGGGGAUGCUGUUUUCCAAAGGGAAGAAACUCCUCAAAGGCUAUACAUAUACACACACAUAUAUAUAUAAUGUUUAAUUGUGUUUUGAGUAACAUAUGAAGAGAGAUUGCAGACUUCAAAGGGAACCAUAAUUAAUUUUGUUAGCUUGAAUUGUAAGUUGUGUACAGUUGUGGAAGGGGUUCCUUUUGACUGUCUGCAAUUCAUAUACACAAAUAUGACAACAAACUGAAUAAAAAAUCAUUGGAACAUCCUUUUUUUUUUU